AUGCCAGUGAAUCCAAAUCAACUCUCCGUAGGCAAAGACAUUAGAUUCAGAAUCAAUGACCAAAUUCACGGCGGAAAAAUCCAGAAAAUAGAUGGAAAAAAUAUUACCGUUUUUGACAAUACCGAUAAGAAAGAUGUAAUUAUCGAUUUGAACGAUAUUAUUGAAGUCAAAUAA